UGACCGCGGUUGUCUCCCGCCGGAGCCUCGCUGCCGAGCGCUUAGGCACCACCGCCUCCUGCAGUGUGCAGCGCCGAGGCGGUGAUCGCUCAGCAGCGGGAAGGAGGGCUCAAGCUGGAGACGUUCGCCGGCAACAACCCCUUUCUCCUCCAUGUCGUGGUUCAUGUACUUCAGGGAGUAAUAGGUAGGCUAGGGGAACUCAUUAAUGUUAGAAAACCUCAGAAAGUGACAUUUUCAUGCCAUGGGAUCUUUAAUAUAUAUAUAUAUAUAUACACACACAAUGUAGAUGGACUCCUACCUUGAAGAGCUGAUGAGAGGAGAACAAGGCAAUGGCACACAGAACGAUGUUUGAACAGACAGACCACGCAUCUACAGAGGUGGCCAUUGAGGAUAACAGCAGGGAUGAGUACUAGUAGGCUACUAAUAACAGCAUGGACGGAAGAACUAACGUUAGCAUACCAAUUCAAACUGUUUGAGGUUUAUUCAGUUGUUGCAAACCAUACACUUGUGUAUGUACUAACUUAGAUUUGGAAUAUUUCCUCUUAUGCCAGAAUUUGAGUAAUGUGGUGAACUUCAGCCUGCAGACCUGCGGUUUGUUGUGAUCUGGAGAGCACAGUGCGCACGCUCACUGAGUACAGUGCGCAUGCUCGGGAGUUCAAACAGCAUGGCGGCGGACUGCUUGACAACAAUAACAGAGCAAUGGAUACGACAUAAACUAUACUUAAAACAUCCUUAUCUGGGGGACGUCAGAUCACUGAGGCUUCCAGGAACAUACGAAGAAAAGAUCCGACAUCUGGGGGAUGCAUUGACCAACUUUAUCCGUCUGAAGAGCCUCGACCUCUCCUACAACGCUCUUGUGUCAGUGGAGGGGUUGCAACACUUGAAGAUGCUAGAAAGGCUGAAUCUCUACUACAACCGCAUACCCACCAAGGAGGAGGUCCAAGUCCUCUGUAAGCUGCCAGCAUUAAAGGAGUUGGACCUCAGACUCAACCCUUUGACCAGGAGGGAUCCAAAUUAUCGCCUUUCUCUGAUCCAUGCCAUGUCCAGCUUGCGGAAACUGGACGAUUGUCCAGUCAGAGAUACUGAGCGUAAAGUGGCCAUCAUGCAGUUCCCUUCUGGCUGUGGGCCUCCACAGGGCCCACACUGUCCAGAUGAGUGUCCUCAUCUGGACACUGAGCAGAGAAGCAGAAACCAAAGAGUGUCGUCUGUUGAACGCUUAACAAAGAGGCUUUUUGAUGUCCCUGAAGAUAUUGUGAUGAACUUUGUUGCGAAGAGUAAUGUUGGUCAAAGUAACACACAAUCUCCGUCUUGCUCUUCCCACGAGAAUUUGGAGUCUCUUCCUUAUCUAAAACAAGAAACUGAGGAAGGAAGAGUAAUAAACAUUUCUGACUCUAUUAAGACAUCCCCUCAGGAAAUGGGUAAAUCCAUCCUGAGAUUCAACAAGACCAAAUUUGUAACAGAAAAACCGAGGGUGUCGUUUGGCCCCAUCGUAGAGAAGAUGUGCAGAUCUCUCACUGGAAGAGCAAAGCACAAGGAGAACACCAGACAAAUGAGACUCCAAGCCAAAGGCCAUUUCACCCCGAACCCCAGCCAGAAGCCUCAGCGCUGUAGUUCUCCAUUACACAACCUUCAGCCUCCUAGCCCGCCGAGGUCAGGAUUCCAUCUCUCUGACCAAUCAAACCCCAUCCUGCACCCGGCAAGAAGAUCCUACUGUGGCCUCAACAGAACAGCAGGGGGCGCCGCUGCCUCUCCACAGAAAGCUAACCAGCACAAAAGAGGUAGCUACAGGAAGCCACUGGAAAUGCUUCUUAACCUUGUGGACAAGCACUGGGCGGGGGAGAGGUCGCUUCAUCAAAACAGCAACUUCCUGUCACAGGCAGUCCAGAUCCUCUCCAUGAUGGAGGAUGACCUCUCGGUCCAGGAAGCAGAGGUCACGACCUUGAGGUGGGAUGUGGCCACACUGCGCCAUGGGGCGGAGUUACGAGAGGAAGAGCAUCGGCUGGAAGUCCUGGGGCUUUCGUCUCAAGUGGAGGAGACUCAGGGGGCCGUGGCCGGGCUCCAGGAGCAGCUGAGGCUGGUUCUGGAGGAGAACGUGGGCUUACAGAAGCAGCUGAUCAGACUGGAGCAGCAGUACCUCAAGUCUCUGAUGAAGAUUUCACCAAUCGAUCAGAUAAAAGAGGCUCAGACGGAAGUGGAGGAGCUGAGGAGGGAGAUCGAGGGGCUGAGGGAGAAGGUCCGAGAGACGGAGCGAGUCAACGAGUUGACCAACAUGCUGCAGGAGAGCCACAGGUCGCUGGUGGUCACCAACCAGAGGUUACUGGGGGAACUGAACAGCAGUUUGCAACAUGGAUGAUGUGAUGGACGAAUCAAAAUGUCUGGCAGUAGUGAGGACUAGUUAGAAAGGAAAACAAGACAACGUGAUUAUUGAAUGUAUGAUAGAUCCAUGUGGAUCCAUAUUGAAGCGUUCAUGAUAUUUAAUAUUGCUGUAUAGUAUUAAUUUACACCAAUAACUGUUAUCUUUAAUAAAGUUCACAAUGUAA